CGGCGCGGGCGGAAGUGCUGCUCGGGGCCGGAAGCGGUGUUGCAGCCCCCGGUGAGACCGCGGCGCUCCCGCUGCCCCUGGAACCCCCGAGCCCCCCCGGUACCUCCGGAGUCCCCGGGAUCCCCCGGAACCACCCGGCCCCACCGCCACCAUGUUUCUCACGCGCUCCGAGUACGACCGGGGUGUGAACACGUUCUCUCCGGAGGGGAGGCUCUUCCAGGUGGAAUAUGCCAUCGAGGCCAUAAAGCUUGGCUCCACAGCCAUCGGGAUCCAGACCUCAGAGGGAGUUUGCCUGGCUGUGGAAAAGAGGAUCACAUCUCCCCUCAUGGAGCCCAGCAGCAUUGAGAAGAUUGUGGAGAUCGACUCCCACAUUGGGUGUGCCAUGAGUGGAUUAAUAGCAGAUGCAAAGACUUUAAUUGACAAGGCCAGAGUGGAGACUCAGAAUCACUGGUUCACCUACAACGAGACGAUGACGGUGGAGAGUGUGACACAGGCUGUGUCUAACCUGGCCCUGCAAUUUGGGGAGGAAGAUGCUGAUCCAGGAGCCAUGUCCCGCCCGUUCGGCGUCGCUCUGCUCUUCGGAGGAGUGGAUGAGAAGGGACCCCAGCUGUUCCACAUGGAUCCCUCGGGAACGUUCGUGCAGUGUGAUGCCAGAGCCAUCGGCUCCGCCUCAGAGGGAGCCCAGAGCUCCCUGCAAGAGGUUUACCACAAGUCCAUGACGCUAAAGGAAGCCAUCAAAUCUUCCCUGGUCAUCCUGAAACAGGUCAUGGAGGAGAAACUAAAUGCCACCAACAUCGAGCUUGCCACGGUGGAGCCUGGGAUGAAAUUCCACAUGUACACAAAAGAGGAGCUUGAGGAGGUCAUCAAGGAUAUUUGAAAAAAGAGGGAGAGACCCCCCCAAAAGCUCAAACCCCUUCCCCAACCAAAGGAACUGGUCCAGUUCACCCAGCUCCUGGGACUUCCCUCCCCACAGCACCUGAACCUGCUGCUCCUGCCAGCUCCAGAGGUUUUUUUCUGUUUCUGGACAGAGCUGAGCUUUGCCUGAGGAGGGAGUGAAAUAAAUCAUUUUGUUACUCUAAAUGUGCUCCUCAGCAGGGGGGAAAGGUGGGAGGGCAAGGAUUUGGAGCUAAAAGUGGGGGUGGAUUGGGUCAGCAGCUGUGCCAAGGGCACUGCCAGCUCUGCUGCAGCAGCGAGUCUCCCUCUCGUGGUGCUGUCCAUGGGGAAAUCCAGGUGUCAUUCCACACUUCUU